AGUUUCACUCCUUUCUGUCCUUUUAUAGAAACCCAAACAACUGGCCAUGAACGUCCAGUCCUAUUCAAAUUCAAACUUUUACACUUCUUUUUUCUUUUAUUCCUUAAUUUUCUGUUGCGAUUAUUGAGAAUCUGAGACGUUUUCCGGGGAAACAAAAAGGGUGCAACGCCGGAUGCCACAAAGCCACAAAAAAUUUGAACAAACAUAGGAUUUGAGUUUUACGCGUGCAACCAAACACCCGCGAGUUCUUAUUUCUGGGUUUGCACUGUACCUGACGGCUAAAGUUGGAGUCUUCAUCGAAAGGGGUCUUCUCACACUCACAGUCCAAUCCAUACAUAUCCAAUCCUACCCACCUUCUUCUAAGAGCGUUCGCUUUGUAGGGAAGCUGGUUGAAAGGAAGCAGUCAUGGCAAGCAUUGAUGUGAAUGCACCCCCUCCACAGCUUGAGGGGAAGUAUGCUGCAAUGUUAGUGUGUUGGCUUCUUGGAAAUGGAUGCCUCUUUUCAUGGAACAGCAUGCUCACAAUUCAAGAUUACUAUGUUAACUUGUUCCCGCGGUACCAUCCCUCGAGGGUACUUACACUGGUAUACCAGCCAUUCGCACUUUUAACUAUCUUUGCACUGUCAUACCAUGAGGCGAAGAUCAAUACUAGGAAGCGAAACCUAUUAGGAUACAUUCUGUUUUUCCUAAGUUCUUUGUUGGUGCUCGUUUUGGAUUUAGCUACAUCCGGGAAAGGAGGUUUAGGAACUUUUAUCGGAAUUUGUGCAAUUAGUGCUGCCUUCGGAAUUGCAGAUGCUCAUGUGCAAGGUGGAAUGGUUGGAGACCUCUCUUUCAUGCCAGUUGAGCUCAUCCAAUCUUUCCUUGCUGGUUCGGCUGCAUCAGGAGCUCUAACCUCUGCUUUGAGGCUGAUUACAAAGGCGGCAUUUGAGAAUUCCCAAAAUGGUCUUCGAAAGGGAGCCAUUUUGUUCUUCGCCAUCUCUUCAUUCUUCGAGCUUCUCUGCGUUUUCCUCUAUGCUUUUUCCUUUCCAAAGCUGCCAAUUGUUAAGUACUAUCGCUCAAAGGCAGCUUCCGAAGGAUCUAAAACUGUUUCAGCUGACCUUGCUGCCGGUGGCAUCCAAAAAUUGCCAGAAUCAACAGAUGAGGAAAAUCGAAAAGAACCUGACCGACUUGGGAACAAACAGCUGUUGCUUCAAAACAUUGAUUAUGCACUUGGCAUGUUUCUAAUCUAUACACUCACUCUGUCAAUUUUCCCCGGAUUCUUAUCAGAAGACACUGGAUCUCACAGUUUGGGAACAUGGUAUGCACUCGUUUUGAUUACAAUGUACAAUGUGUGUGAUCUCAUCGGAAGAUACAUUCCGCUAGUGAAAUUCCUGAAGAUGGAAUCGCGCAGAGGGCUCAUGAUUGUGAUUCUUUCACGCUUCUUACUUGUCCCGUGUUUCUAUUUCACGGCCAAGUAUGGUGACCAAGGCUGGAUGAUCAUGCUCACAUCCUUCUUAGGUUUAACCAACGGUUACCUCACUGUCUGCGUCCUCACUUCAGCACCUAAGGGCUACAAGGGGCCGGAGCAAAAUGCUUUGGGAAAUCUUCUGGUGAUGUUCUUGCUUGGAGGUAUAUUUGCAGGGGUGACACUUGACUGGUUGUGGCUUAUUGGGAAGGGCUGGUAAGGGAUGGAUAUGAUACUACUUAGGUGAUUUGAAGAUUGUGAUUUUCUGUUGCUCAAGUUUUACAGGACAAAAUAAUGGAUUUAUAAUUCUUUUUGUUUGGUGAUUCAUUAAAUAAUGAGGAAGAAAAAUAUGUUUUGAUAUGGAUCA